AUGUCCGCACCCACCGUGUUUCCAUUUCUCUCUCUUCCACCAGAGUUUCGUCGCAUGGUAUAUCAAUAUUUCUUGGACGACGCCGAAGCGAGCGGCGACCGCGUCUUCUGUAUUCAAGAUAGUGGCAGUCAACCCUCGGGGAUUUCAACGCGCAAAGGACUAGCAUACCGACGGCGCCCCGAUGGUCCUUCGUACUGUGAUCUGAGUCCCACAGAGCACGUUAUCUGGGACCGUGUCGAGCUAAGAGCACUACGAAUGCUCGGACGUGCAUUGCACCUUAUUCUUCCCGAGAUGCUCCCUUUCGUCUGGGCUCGAAUAGCACCAUCGAUUCAAGGAGACCGGGCAGUCGCACAGUCAUUCUUCAACGAUCUAUUUCGGCUCCCGGAGGCACCUUACACGUGCCUGAAUAUCCGUACCAUCAAUCUCUGCUCGCCUCAGGAGACCACUAAUGCCGUCACUGGGACCAAGAGAAGCAUGGACGACAUUAUUCCCACAAAGCAACUUGUCAUGUUUCUUGUUCGAAACUUGCCUGAACUCAGGAAUCUCAAUGUGUGGGUAUUAUCAAGCCCUUAUCACAUCGGUACAAGACCCGCCACAGCCUCAUGGCGCUUGCCAGGUCGCUAUGGACUGAUUCUAGCUGGUAUACUGGCCUCGCUGCCUCUAAGAAUUAGCGUCAACUUCUCAACCUACAUUUCACGAGAUGGAGAGUUGCUGAUAGGUUAUGCCCAAAGUAACAGUCACUUCCGAGGUCCCGAUGCUCUCGCAAUCGCGUACCUUGACAGAUUGAAUACUGCAUACGAGAAUGCUUAUGCCACACGUCGCGUUGUCCACCUGCUCCGAGAAAACAAGCUAGAGCAGCUAGGGCAGCUAGGAUCAACAGACGGUGAACGUUCGAAGGCUUUGGAAGCAAUCGAAGAUCGCAUUCUGCAGGAUACUAUCGGACUGCGCUCGCUUUGCAUCGAUUGA